AUGGCUGCAGAUAUAAUGAAAUAAAUUUUAGGUGGAGUUGUUCAUUGUCAUUAAAAGAAAGUAGUUCACAGAGAUUUGAAACCUGAAAAUAUACUAUUUGAAAAUAAAAAACCAAAUUCAAAUCUUAAGAUUAUUGAUUUUGGGACUUCGAGGAAGAUGGAAAAUAAUUAGAACUUAACUAAGAGAUUAGGAACUGUAAAAUAUAUAAUAAUAAUUAAAGCCUUAUUAUAUUGCACCUGAAGUAUUAAAGAGAAAUUAUAAUGAAAAAUGUGAUGUUUGGAGUUGUGGAGUUAUUCUAUAUAUUAUGCUUUGUGGUUAUCCUCCAUUUGGUGGUUAAGAUUAAGAAAUAUUACAAAAUAUAGAAAUCGGGAAAUAUGAAUUUGAUCGUAAGAAAUUUUAUUUAUUUAAUUAUAUAGCUGAAGAUUGGAGUAAAAUAUCAGAAGAUGCUAAAAAUUUAAUAAAGAAAAUGUUAACUAAAGAUUAUUAAUAGAGAAUAUCUGCACAAGAAGCUUAUAAUGAUCCUUGGAUUCAAAAGAAUGCACCAAACGGAUAAAUUGAUAUGAAAGCCAUUAAAAAUUUAUCUUCUUUUUUUGUAUUAUGCAAUCUUUUAUUCUAGGGUAAAAAUAAAGUUAGAGCUGCUCUUAUGUAAUUUAUUACUACUAAUCUCAUGACUAAUACAGAAAAAGAAGGUUUAUUAAAUGAGUUUAAAAAAAUAGAUAAAGAUGGAAAUGGAUAAAUUAGUAAAGAAGAAUUACUUUAAGGUAUAUAUAUAAAUGUAAUUAUAUAUAGUUUAUAUGAAAUAAUAUGAUGAAAUUAAAGCUAAAUAAAUGGUUGAUGAUAUUUUCGAAAAAGUUGACAUUAAUAAAUCAGGUUUUGUAGAUUUUACAGAAUUUAUGAUGUCAGCUGCAUCAGAAGAAAAACUAUUAAGCAAAAUUAAAUUGUAAUAAGCCUUUAAUAUGUUUGAUACGGUAAUCUAUUUUAUUAAACUUAAGAAUGGGGAUGGAUAAAUUAGCAGAGAAGAACUUUAAGAAAUUAUGGGUGGAGUAGAUGAUAAUUUAUGGAAAGAAAUUCUUUAAAUGUGUGAUGCGAAUGGAGAUGGUUAGAUUUCAUAAUAAGAAUUUAUUGAUUUCUUAGUGAAAAAAUAUUAAUAAUGA